AUGUUGGAGUACCUCCGGCACCUCGUGUCCAUGAAGCGGCGGCGCUACAUCCGCGACGGCUACGACCUGGACCUGAGUUACAUCACGGACCGCGUGGUGGCCAUGUCGUACCCCGCGGAGAGCCUCGAGGCCAUGUUCCGCAACCCCAUGUGGCAGGUGCAGCGCUUCCUCGCCGCCAACCACGCCCACCACUUCAAGGUGCCGCUCCGCCCGCCCUGCGCCCUCCCCGUCCCCCCUUGCCCCACCUCUGCAUGCUCUCCCCGAACCUUCCCCUUUUCGCCCCUCCCUUGCGCCGCCGUAUACAACCUGUGCUCGGAGCAGUGGUACGACCCGUCGUACUUCGGCGGGCGCGUGGAGCGGUUUCCGUUCGACGACCACGGCGUGCCGGCGCUGGAGCUGGUGCGGGCGCUGUGCGAGAGCGCGCAGGACUGGCUGGACCGCUGCCACGACAACAUCAUCGUCGUGCACUGCAAGGCGGGCAAGGGCAGGACGGGCGUGAUGGUGUGCUGCCUGCUGCUGCUGGCCGGCAUGACCACGGACGACGCCCUCGCUCUCUACGCCGACCGCCGCACCCUCAACCGCGCCGGGGUGACCAUCCCCAGCCAGGUGCGGUACGUGCGCUACUGGGCGCGCCUCGUGGCAGACGCGCACCUCAACGCUGCGCCCAUCACGCUGCCACCGCCCACGCGGCGCACCAUACGGCGCGUGCGGGUGUACGGCAUGACAGGGCUGGAGCGCGUGGACUUCGUCAUCUGCACUCUCGAUGAGGCGGACAAGGAGCGGUACAGUGCGGCAGUGGAGCGGUGCAGGGGCACGUGUGAGAAGGUGCGCAUGGGCGUGGUGAGCACCACCACCGCCACCUUCGUGCACUGGCUCAUCACACGCCCUGCCCUGCGCCAAACACUCGCCCUCGACAGAAACAACUUGCUGCCCGGCCCACCUGCUGCUGCUGCUGCUCCCCCUUCUGCUGCUGCUUCCCCUGCUGCUGCUGCUGCUUCCCCUGCUGCUGCUGCUCCCGCUGCUGCUGCUGCUCCCGCUGCUGCUGCUGCUUCCGUUGCUGCUGCUGUUCCCCCUCCUGCUGCUUCUCCCGCUGCUGCUGCUGCUGCUGUUGCUCCCGCUGCUACUGCUGCUGCUGCUGCUCCCGCUGCUGCUGCUGCUGCUUCCCCUGCUGCUGCUGCUGCUGCUGCUGCUGCUCCUGCUGCUGCUCCCCUUGCUGCUUCUGCUCCCGAUGCUACUUCUGCCCCCCCUGCUGCAGCUGCUCCCGUUGCUGCGGCAGCAGUGGCAUGGGAGGCAAGAGGAGGCGAGGGGGGGAGAGCAGGGGAGGGGCGGGGGCGGGCGUGCAUGGCGCAGCUGGACACGGAGAGGCCACCCGACCCACACCACCCACCUCUCGAGCACUGCUUCGACCCGCCCUUCACUGUGGAGGGCGAUGUGAGCAUGAGGUUCACGGACAAGAUCGGGGCGCGCCUCUUCACCGUGUGCUUCAACACCGCCUUCACCAAGGGACUCCUCUCG